UGAAUAUUUUGAGUGAAAGACCAAGAGGAUAAACAGCAAAGACAUUUUUUUAUAGCCUGUUUUGCUCAUAUUCACUAGGGCUGCCAAUAAUUGCGGAGGGCACUGUAUAUCUUAUUUUACUCCAUUGGUAUAUAGACCAAGAAAAAGGAAUGAUGAAAAUACUAAUUACGCUAUUGCUCUGCCUGCCGUUGCAGAAAUAAAAGGAUGUUUAUCCAUACUGUGUCAUCAUAUCUCUCCCGUUUGGCUGAUUGUCAUCCUUUGUGGAAGCAAAAACACACAAAUAUAGUAUAAUUUCAGACUGCAUCUACCACAAACACAUCCCAAUGAAUGUAGCUAAUUUGAUUAAGCUCAUUACCAUAAUUAAUAACUUCAUUUUUGUCAGUCUGACUCCAAAAGCCCUUGGCACAGGAAGAAGGGACACAAAGAGAAAUAAUAAGUGUGACAGGGGUCAUCAAAAAUGAAAUGACCACAGAUCCGUGUAGUGGUUUUGUAAUUCAGUAAUUCAGUGAACGACAAGCAACCAAGGACACGGCAUUGAAUGUGGCUUUGGAUGCAACGAUCAGUCCUGGAGCCUGGACUGCUCCAAAUCUGAUUACUCUUUCAGACACAGUAACGAGGAGACUGAACUCCCCCCUAGUGGUCAGCUCCAGAAUAGGAGCGUACAUGUGGAUCACAGAGCAUCUUUGAAUAAAUUAACAGAAUCAUACGGUCAUGAGAAACAGUUCAUGAGAUCUGUUUAAAACCAAUAAUAACUUGUAUUGUGUUAAAAGGAGUUAAAAUGCAAAACAUCUUUAAUUCACUCAUUGUUUACUCCAUUUGUUAUUAUUCAGAGCUGAGGUAUAAUGGUAUUAUCAGGGAUCUGUACAGUAGUCUAGAUCUGCCAGCCUGAGAGCGAUUGUUUUUGUGUCCACCCAUAGUCCAUGGAUACAGCGGAGAUGGCAUUAUUUUCCUCAUGCGAGUAAAUGUUCUCACUGAGGAAACAUCACCCUAUCACUCUCAUGAUUAUUUCUCCACGUUUUUCAGGCAUAUUGUUGAUAUUUUCUCAUACGAGUUUCAGGAGAAUGUGUAUGAAACUUUUAAGUAAGUGGGUGUAACGUUUUACUGAGUAUGCUAGCGUGUGUUUGUAUUGUAGCUAUCUCAGUCACUACGAGUUUGAGUACUUCAAUGACUUUAUUGGUCGUUAUAACAACGGCUGAACACGUUAGGUACAGUGGCUGCUUCUCACAGAACCGCGAGCACAAAGAUGCCCAACAACAAGUUAUAAGUUAUCCUAACCAGGUGUCCCCGCCCCCCCGGCUACUCUACCAGCCCCACGCAGUGCAUAGCAAGGACACAGGCAUACAACACAAUGAACAUGAACAUUAACACAUACAGGUCGUUACAGUAUUAUACUGCAGCCAACCUGUUGCUUGUUUGUAAACUCUGUGUUUGAUGAUUCAUUCAAGUAAAUGUUCUCACUGAGGAAACAGCUUGUUAUUAUUUAUCUCUGCUUUCAGGGGUGUAACACAGACGACGCAAACAUACGCACAAAAACACACGCACAAUCAUAUUUCCCCGCCUCCAUCUGAAGACCGACGCACAAUGACUUCUAGGAAGCCACUCCUCAGCACACUGUAUUCUGGUGAAAACGAAACUUUCUCUCAGUGUGCUUGUGGUUGUGAGAGAAAGCAAACAAAAUGGCAGAGGCUAUUUCAAAGAAAAGAAAGAAAGAAGAGGACUCCUUCAUGUGUCCAGUCUGUCUAGAUCUGCUAAAGGAUCCAGUGACUAUUCCCUGCGGACAUAAUUUCUGCAUGAGCUGCAUCGAGGGCUACUGGAAUCAUGAGGAUCAGAGAGGAGUCUACAGCUGCCCCCUAUGCAAAAACACCUUCACUACCAGACCUACACUCUACAAAAAUACUCUGGUUGUUGAAAUGGUGGAGGCAUUUACGAAGAACAGAAUCCAAGCUUCUUCUAUUACUCCCUCUAUUGCUGGACCUGGAGAUGUGGAGUGUGACGUCUGCACUGGGAGAAAACUCAAAGCUGUGAAGUCCUGUCUGGAUUGUCUGUUGUCUUACUGUGAAACUCACUUUGGAGUUCACAAUGAUGUCAACCCCGGAAGAAAACACUCAGUGAUUGACGCCACAGGCCAGCUACAGGAGAGGAUCUGCUCUCACCAUAAGAAGGUCUUUGAAAUAUUUUGUCGAACCGAUCAGAUUUGUAUCUGCUAUCUGUGCACAAUGGACGAACAUAAAGGCCAUGACACAGUCUCAGCUGCAGCAGAACGGACAGAGAAACAGAGGCAGUUGGGGCAGACCCAGAGGAGAUUCCAGCAGAGAAUCCAGGGGAGAGAGAAGGAGCUGCAGGAGCUGCGGAAGGCUGUGGAGACUCUCAAAAGCUCUGCACAGACAGCAGUGGCGGACAGUGAGAGGAUCUUUACUGAGAUGAUCCACUCCAUUGUGGGAAGGCGCAUUGAGGUGACAAAACUGAUCAGAGCUCAGGAGAAGGCUAAGGUGAGUCGGGCUGAAGGACUCCUGAAGCAACUGGAGCAGGAGAUUGCUGAGCUGAAGAGGAGAGAUGCUGAGCUGGAGCAGCUUUCACACACAGAGGAUCACAUCCAUUUCCUCAAGACUUUCCAGUCGAUCAGUGAGACACCUGAGUCUAAAGACUUAUCCUGCAUCUCUGUGAAGCAAGGCCUCUCUUUCGAGGCUGUGAAGAAAUCUGUCUCCUCAUUAAAGACGGAGCUGGAGAAUAUCUGCAAGGAGGAAGUCAAAAAGAUAUCUGCAUCAGGUUAA